AUGGAUCUGCUGCUGGUGGUGAACACGAGCCUGGACUCCCCGAACGAGUCCCUGCCGCUGCCCCCCUCCUCGCCGUCCUCUUCGGUCCUUCUCCAGCCGCCCUCUCCCUAUUCCCCGGCGGCCGUGGCCAGCCUGGCGGCCGUGGUGAGCUUCCUCAUCGUCUUCACCAUCGUGGGCAACGUUCUGGUGGUGAUCGCCGUCCUCACCAGCCGGGCGCUGAGAGCCCCCCAGAACCUCUUCCUAGUGUCCCUGGCCAGUGCGGACAUCCUGGUGGCCACUCUGGUCAUGCCUUUCUCCUUAGCCAACGAGCUCAUGAAUUACUGGUACUUCGGCAAGGCUUGGUGUAAUAUUUACUUGGCACUGGACGUGCUCUUUUGCACCUCCUCCAUUGUCCACCUGUGCGCCAUCAGCCUCGACAGGUAUUGGUCAGUCACACAGGCGGUGGAGUACAACCUCAAACGGACCCCUCGGCGGAUCAAGGCCAUUAUCCUCACUGUUUGGCUCAUUUCAGCUGUCAUCUCCUUCCCACCAUUGAUCUCUGUGUACCGGGACCCUGAAGGAGAUGUUUUUCCCCAGUGCAAGCUCAAUGAUGAGACAUGGUACAUCCUUUCAUCUUGCAUUGGCUCCUUCUUUGCCCCCUGCCUCAUCAUGGUGUUGGUCUAUAUCCGCAUCUACCGUGUGGCCAAGCUAAGGACCAGGACCCUCUCUGAGAAGCGUACGAUGCCAGAGGGGUCCUCCCAGACUGAGAAUGGUUUGAGCCGUGCUGCUGGGGGCUGCAUGUCCCUGAGGAUGCAGCUGGGAGAGAACGGACAUUACUCAGGGCACCACUGGCGCAAAGCCUCUGAGCUGGAGGACAUUGAGCUGGAGGAGAGCAGCACCUCAGAGAGCAGACGGAGGCGGAGCCGGGAGGAGCAUCCCCGCAAAAGCAGCAAGAGCCAGUCCUUCUCCUACUCCUAUUCCUCCAAGCACUCUAGUAGCCGACUGUCCCGCGCAAGCAAUCGCUCCAUGCAGUUCUUCUCAUAUCGCCGUCGCCGGAAGCGCAGCAGCAUCUGCCGUAAGAAGGUCACCCAGGCCCGGGAGAAACGCUUCACUUUUGUGCUGGCUGUCGUCAUGGGGGUCUUUGUAGUUUGCUGGUUCCCUUUCUUCUUCAGCUACAGCCUCUAUGGUAUUUGCCGGGAGGCAUGCGAGGUCCCCGAGACUCUCUUCAAGUUCUUCUUCUGGAUUGGGUAUUGCAAUAGCUCCCUCAACCCAGUCAUCUACACCAUCUUCAACCAAGACUUCCGCAGGUCCUUUAAACACAUUCUCUUUAAGAAGAAGAAGAAGAACUUCCGGCAUUGAGCUGGAGGGAUGGAUUUGCCUUGAGGAGGAGUGGAGUUAAAAGAGAAGAAGUCUCUGUGCUGAAAAAGAAGGGAGGGAAGAGAACAUGGACUUUGGGCUUGGAGAGAAGGAAGAGGGCUUGCCUCCUUGGUCGUGCAGAGUGGUGAUAUGGAGUACAGGGACAGUGUUGGGGAGGCUGAGUGUGCAGGAUGGAGACAUGAGGCUGGAGGAGCAGUGCUGGAGUGCAGAUGGGUAAACAGGGAGGGAAGGGAUUGUCU